AUGGCAUUUACUUUUGUAGCACUUGCUUAUAUUAUUGCACUUAUUCUUACUGCAUUACUCAUCUUUUUUGCAAUAUGGCAUAUAAUUGCUUUUGAUGAAUUAAAAAAUGAUCAUAAAAAUCCAAUAGAACAAUGCAAUUCAUUAAAUCCACUUGUAUUACCUGAAUAUGCAACACAUAUUUUUAUUAAUUUUCUUUUUCUUAUUGGUGGUCAAUGGUUAACAUUAUUUUUUAAUAUGCCAUUAAUUGCAUAUCAUAUUAAUAAAUAUCGUACACGUUCAAUGAUGAGUGGAUUUGGUGUAUAUGAUCCAACAACAAUAAUGAAUGCUCAUAUAUUAAAUUUAGCACAACGUGAAGGAUGGAUUAAACUCGGUUUUUAUAUGGUUACAUUUUUUUACUAUCUCUAUUGUAUGAUUGCUGAACUUAUUCGUGAAUAA